UAUUCUCAGUUCAAACGUAAUGCUUUUAAGCAAAACAUGUAGUAAAGUUAUUGGUCAUAAUUAAACAAAAGUUAUAUAGAUCCAGUUGGAAAAAAAUACUAUCUGAAAACUGCUAUAAAUAAUGGAUACUUCAAAACUUACACCAUUGAACUGGGAAGAAAUAAAGAACAAUAUCGAUGGUGUUAAGAUACAAGGCAUUAAACAGUUCAUACAUCAGUACAAGAAACACAAGGAUAGACGCAAUGAUCCUUUGUACUGGGGAGAUGAGAUUGAAUAUAUGAUUGUUAAAAUUGAUGAUGAAGAAAAAACAACGAAGCUUUGUCUUAAAGCGAAGGAUGUUUUGGAGACCUUGAACAAACACAAUAAAGGGAAUCCUAUUCCUGUAUGGACACCUGAGUUUGGAGCAUAUAUGGUAGAAAGUAUCCCUGAAAGACCUUAUUCAGGUCUAUUGACUUCCAUUUCAAAAGUUGAAAUGAGUAUGAAAGAAAGGCGGAAAGAACUCACGUCUGUAUUAGAGCAGGAUGAAAUCCCAUUUACUCUGCCAUCGUAUCCGAGAUUAGGAGUUGGUUAUUUUGCUAUUCCGCCGACUAAACUUAAUCCUAACAAUGGUAUAUCAAAGUCCUGGUUUUCCCCUGAUGAUGUAAUAUACAAAGGCCGCCAAAGAACAACGAGUAUACAUCAGAACAUAAAAGAGAGAAAAGGUGGAAACAUUGAAAUCCUUAUUCCAGUUUACCAGGAUAUGAACACGAAAUCGCCUUUACCUAUGAGCAUCAAGACUAAAUACAAGAGGGAACAAUCUUAUGAUAAUAGUAUUCAUAUGGAAGGUCUUAUUUUCGGUGCCGGUUGUUGUGGUUUGCAAACGACGUUUCAGAUGGAUAAUUUUGAGGACGCAAGAUACCUUUACGAUCAACUUGUGAACAUUUGUCCAAUCAUGCUAGCUUUAAGUGCAGCAUCACCUAUACAAAGGGGUUACCUGUCUGAUAUUGAUACUCGAUGGCCAGUCCUAUCACAAAGCUUUGAUGACAGAACCGAUGAAGAAAAAGGUCUAAAGCCUUUAAAGAAGGAUAGAUUUAGAAUACAGAAAUCACGUUGGAGUUCUGUAGAAACCUACAUUUGUCCAGAAAAUAGUCAAUACAAUAACACAGACAUCGUAUAUGAUAAAGAUUCUUAUGAGGAAUUGAAGAAUGAAGGAUUGGACGAAGCACUAUCAAAACACAUUGCAUAUCUCUUUAUUCGCGAUCCAUUAUUUCUAUGUAGCGAAACUCUAGAUCAGAAUGAAGAUUUGGACAUACAACAUCUUGAAAACAUCAAUUCAACUAACUGGCAAACACUACGUCUGAAACUGCCUAUAUCUAAUACUAGUACUGGUUGGAGAGUAGAAUUUAGACCAAUGGAAAUUCAAUUGAGCGAUUUUGAAAAUGCUGCUUAUGCUGUAUUCGUCUUUUUGGUGACAAGAAUUGUCAUUGCUUACAGACUGAAUUUUGUCAUUCCAAUAUCAAAGGUUGAUGAAAAUAUGAGUGCUGCUAGCAAACGCGAUGCUGUAUUAGAAGAAAAGUUCAAUUUCAGGAGAAACAUCUUUUCGGACAAGUCAACAGAAAUUGAAAUAACCAAGCUUGGUCAAUUGCAAUCGAAAGAUGGCGAUGACUUUUGUCAGAUGACAAUAGAUGAAAUAAUAAAUGGAAACGUAAGAUACAAAUGA